AAACAAGAGGAUUGAGUGAUGCUGCCAACUGAUUGGUGCACAAUAGCCAUACCAAGAUAACAUCCACUGCAUAUUCAUUCAUCAACCUCAUCCGGUGCAGGAUAACAUCCCCUGCUAGCCACCAUUCUCCCCUCCCCUGCUAACAACAAUGGAGUCCCGAGUUCUCUCCUCCGGCGCCACCACCAUCUCCGGCCUCCCUCGCCUCACCAGACCGGCGGCCAGGCUCAACACCGUCGCUGUCGCAUCUCCGGCGAGCCUCAACACCACCGGUGGCAAUCUGGUUUGGGGAAGACAGCUCCGCCCUAGCUUACUGAACCUCGAUUACUCGGUUCAGUCAGUUUCGAAGACGGUUAAACGUGAGGUUUUGAAACCGUGUGCUGCUACUGCUAGCGAAGGGGAUGCUGCUGCUGCACCGGUUGGCUUUUUGGCCAAGAAUCCGUGGUUGACUACCGGAUUCUUCUUUUUCAUGUGGUACUUUUUGAAUGUCAUCUUCAACAUACUCAACAAGAAGAUCUACAAUUACUUCCCAUAUCCCUAUUUCGUAUCAGUCAUUCAUUUGGCUGUCGGAGUGGUUUAUUGUCUUGGUAGCUGGACUGUUGGUCUACCCAAACGCGCUCCCAUUGACUCGAACCUUCUGAAGCUUCUUAUUCCUGUGGCCUUUUGUCAUGCUCUAGGCCAUGUCACCAGUAACAUAUCAUUUGCAGCUGUUGCAGUCUCAUUCACCCACACAAUCAAAGCCCUUGAGCCGUUCUUCAAUGCUGCUGCUUCUCAAUUUAUUCUCGGACAGUCGAUUCCCAUAACUCUAUGGCUUUCUUUGGCUCCUGUUGUUCUUGGUGUGUCAAUGGCCUCUUUGACUGAGCUGUCAUUCAACUGGCUAGGCUUUAUCAGUGCCAUGAUUUCCAAUAUCUCCUUCACUUACAGGAGUAUUUACUCUAAGAAAGCAAUGACUGAUAUGGAUAGUACUAACUUGUAUGCCUACAUUUCCAUCAUUGCUCUCUUCUUCUGCCUCCCACCUGCCAUAAUCCUGGAGGGUCCUCAACUUCUAAAGUUUGGAUUCAAUGAUGCAAUUGCUAAAGUCGGUCUGACUAAGUUCCUAUCUGAUCUGUUUUGGGUCGGAAUGUUCUAUCACCUCUACAAUCAGCUUGCAACCAACACACUUGAAAGGGUGGCACCUCUUACGCACGCAGUUGGCAACGUGUUAAAACGAGUGUUUGUGAUUGGUUUCUCAAUCGUCGUGUUUGGUAACAAGAUCUCAACGCAAACGGCCAUUGGUACAUCUAUCGCGAUUGCUGGAGUUGCAAUCUACUCACUCAUCAAGGCCAAGAUAGAAGAAGAGAAACGGGGUCUGAAAAAGGCAUGAAGACUUGCAGAAGGGAUGAAAUGAAUUUAUAUUACUCAGUACUAUUGUUUCAACACGUAGCGGAUUCGCUACAAUUGUGAAGAUGUUCUUAUUUGUUUUUUUUUUCCGUCUAUGAGAGUAAACAUAUCCGAUUCUCGUUUAGACUUUAAUAAUGUAUCAUUCUAUCUCUUUACUAUCAAUAUAUCAUUUCUCACUCGUGUUGAGUUGAAGUU